AACAUAAAAAAAACUGUCCUGCUGUAAGUUUCAUCCUUUGAGUGUGAAAUCAUGGCCAGUGUCAACAAAAUUGGAAGGAAGGCAUGUGUGAUAGGUGGAAGCGGAUUUAUGGGCUCUUGCUUGGUAAAGCAAUUGCUUCAGAAGGGUUAUGCUGUCAACACCACUGUUAGAGAUCCAGAUAAUACUAAGAAAAUAUAUCACCUUUUAGCACUGAAAAGUUUGGGCGAACUGAACAUAUUUGGAGCAGAUUUAACAAGUGAAAAGGAUUUUGAUGCCCCUAUAGCAGGUUGUGAACUUGUCUUUCAGCUUGCUACACCAGUGAACUUUGCUUCU